UCAGCGGUUUGUCGUUGUUCGCAGUGCUCGAGCUCUCAGUGCAAUUUUGCAUUACAAACAGACCAAAAAUACACAAAACGGCGCAUAAAAUCUGCAUUCUGUCGUUGCGCGGCGGAUAGUUUGGCUUUUCUUGCACACUGGAGUCUUGCUAUUUUAGUUGAAAGCUAACCAGUUGCUAAGCUAGGCCUCGCGCUUCACCGAGCUUUCCUGCCCACCUCGUGCACGUUAUGUAUGCUCACGUGCUGUGUUGGACACCCGAGGCUAACCGCUUUGCUAGCCCGUUUAUUAAACGUGAAGUAAACGUCCAGUUUGGCCUAAUGUCAAAUAAGAGAUAUUAGAAGAAAAGUACUGAACGAUCACGUCUGGUUGCGUUUAUUGCGCGAUUUGCUUGUUUUCACGUAGUUCGCGUGCAGUUUUCCUGGUAAAGUAAGUUGUUCCCUUAGCGAACCUUAGUAAGCAGAUAUGCACGCUCGUAACCGCUCAUAACUGCUCAUAUGCACGCUCGAUUUGCGGGGUCGCUGUAAUAACUACAGAUUUCCUCACAAACUCAUUCAAGCGCUUUUUCAGCACAAUCACUCAAUCAAUAAGUCGCGCGUUAGUUUAUUCGCAUCCACACACGUAUAGAAAGUGCCAGGAUGAACUGACAUGGCAACUGAUUUUUUUGGCUUUGCACCUGCUAAGUUGAGCCCUUGUAGGUUGACCGAUAUGUCGGGGGUGAAACGGAAGAUCGAGGAUAAAGACCCGGACUACGAGGACAUCGCGCAGGUGCAGGGGAACAAAAGGAGCCGAAGAAGCGAGCAGAGCGCGCGUGUGGCGACGGUGCAGAAGAUCGAAGCCAUCAUCAAGGAACAGUUUGGUCUCGAGAUGAAGAAUAAAGAGCAUGAGAUUGAGGCGAUUGGCCAGCGUCUGAACGAGGCCAGGCGUAUGAUGGACAAGCUGAGAGCCUGCAUCGUGGCCAGUUACUAUGCCAACGCUGGCAUGCCCAAGGUCUCUGAGCCUACGAAGAGCGACAUGUCAGUGCUGAACCACCCUGCUAUCAAACGCUUCCUGGAGUCGCCCUCCCGCUCAUCCUCACCCCUCAACCAGGACUCAGAGGCGCCCUCCGGUGGCCACUCGGAGCCCGAGUCCCCGAGCCUGCACGGAGACGCUUCGGACGCGGCCGACAGGGAGGAGCCAGACAGGCAGGAGCGCAGACCUGGACGAAACACUGGCAAGGACACGUUCGGUGUUCCCGUGUCUGUAGACCAACAGGUCACCCACCACACCACAGGAGAUGAGAUGUCGCGACUCUAUGUGAAGAAGACCAUCGUCGUGGGCAACGUUUCCAAGUACAUAGCUCCUGAUAAACGGGAGGAGAAUGACCAGUCCACCCAUAAGUGGAUGGUGUAUGUGCGCGGCUCUCGGAAGGAGCCCAGCAUCGACCACUUUGUGAAGAAGGUUUGGUUUUUCCUGCACCCCAGUUACAAGCCCAACGACCUGGUGGAGGUCAGUGAGCCCCCGUUUCACCUAACCCGGCGGGGCUGGGGUGAGUUUCCUGUCCGUGUUCAGAUCCACUUUAAAGACCAGCGGAAUAAACGCAUAGACAUUAUCCACCAUCUAAAGCUGGACAGGACGUAUACAGGCCUGCAGACUUUGGGAGCUGAAACGGUGGUGGACGUUGAGCUACACAGGAACUCGCUGGGUGAAGACUUCAUUCCUUUCCUGUCAUCCUCAUCUUCGUCCUCAUCUUCGUCCUCUCAACGGGCAAGCGCGGCUGCCCCCGGUCUCUCAUUGGCUGCGCAGUCUGCGGGCCAGAAUUCCCGACAUAUGGCAUCUCCCUCUCAGCUCUCGUCUGACUCCAGCUCAGAGAAAGGUGUGGCUCAGAGGAGCGAAGUGUCGCGCUCUGAUCGGCCUGCGCCACAGGCCAAAGCAACAGAGAUGGUCACGCUGGGCUCCCACAGCAACUCAGCCUUUCAGCCAAUCACAGCCAGCUGCAAGAUCGCCGCCCAGGGCCCAGGGCCCAGUCCCACAGAGUCACCAGGGAAGUCUUUCCAGCCAAUCACCAUGAGCUGCAAGAUCGUGUCAGGCUCACCUGUGUCCACGCCCAGUCACUCCCCUCUGUCCCAGACUCCCACCUCCACCCCGGUGCACAUGAGGGGCGGCUCAUCUGUCAUCAACAACCCUUACAUCAUCGUGGACAAGCCAGGCCAGGUGGUCAUGAACACACCCACCGUGGCUGGUGCAGGGAGUCCAUUGGCUAAACAGAGUACUGCAGCCCAGAGUUCACGAUCACCUGCGCCUAAAGUUCACACCAGCGGAUACCUGUCCUCUGGAGUUAAGGUGAUCAUUAAACAGGAACCAGGGGAGGUGACCACCCAACAAUCGCCACAGCAACAGGUGGUUUCCACGGCAACACCCCAGCAGCCACAGCAGUAUGUGACAGUGAAAGGGGGUCACAUGAUCACCGUGUCGCCACAGAAGAGUGGGGUGGGGCCAGGAGGCGGAGCCACCCCCAGCAAGAUGGUAGGAGUACCCGUGACGUCUGCGUUGCAGUCUGCAGUAAAGCAGGUGUCAGUGAGCAGUGGGCAGAUUCUGGUGGCCAAGUCCAGUCCCGCCGUCUCAAAAGUGAUGGCACAAAAACAGGUGCUGGCGCAGGGCGUUGCCAAGGCAAUCGUUAGUGGGGGCGGAGCCAGUGUCACAGGCAGCAUCACUGGACAGCAGGUGCACACGGUCACCAAGGCAACAGGAGGAUCGGGAACUGGUGGCAAAAGUGGAGUGAUGGCCACGUUGCAGCUGCCCGUGAAUAACCUGACCAGUCUGCCCCCGGGAACCAAACUCUACCUGACCACCAACAGCAAGAACCCAGCAGGGAAGGGCAAACUGCUUCUGAUACCACAGGGUGCCAUACUGCGCGCCUCUAAUACUGCAGGUCACCAGUCUCAGGGUUCUUCGUCAGGUUCUUCUCAGUCCUCCUCCAGUAGUUCUGUGUCCAGCGGUCUACCAGGGAACCUCUCCUACACGUCCUACAUACUUAAACAGACCCCACAGGGCACGUUUCUGGUUGGCCAACCAGGUGCUUCUGGGAAACAGGGUGGGACCAGUUCCUCGGGUCAUGUAGUUUCAAGCUCCGCCUCUGUUACCCAGCAGGCUAUUCGGGUCACGGCGGGGCAAAAGGCAGCCAUCUUGGCUCAGGUGGUGGGCGGAUCCCAGGGUUCACAGGUGAAGCUGUCGGACGGUUUGGUGAAGACGGUGACGUCCGCUGCCGCUCACCUGUCCAAGCCGGGCACUACCACUCUGAGGAUGACGGGGGGAGUUAUCACGGCCACAAGCUCCACUCCAAACACACCUGCCUCUGCUGCUGCUCCCACCGCCCUGCAGCCUGCAGAGGGAGCUAGUGUGCCCUCGACCCCGUCGCUGUCUAAAACAGCCACUCAGCACCCCGUCCUGGUGGCAGCCAAUCAGGCAUCAGUAAUCAACGCCGCGAAGAGCAGCAGCUCGGGUGUCAGCAUGGCCAAAGGCACCGCCCCCCUGGUAACGGUCACCAAGAGCCUCAACAUGCCCGUCAUCAGUCUGUCCAAGGGACAGGCAGGGACACCAGUAGUGAACGUGCCCAAAAGCGCCAGCCCCUCAUUGGUCACAGCGGCGUCGCUAGUGGGUGGGGCAACAGUGAGUGGGAAAACAGCUGCUGCCAUUUCAGGUAUGCUGAAACUUCACUCUGGCCAGUCGAGCUCCCAACAGACAGUGUUGACGAUUCCAGCUACACAGCUAAAGCAGCUCAGCCUCAGCGGAGCCACCACGGGCCUGCAGACACUGCUCAUGCCCGUGGGCAAAGUAGUGCAGUCCGGUUCCAAACCUGCAUCCACCGCCCUGAGUGGACCAACUCCUCCUACCUCUGCACCCCUAGCUCAAGUUAAGACGGAGCCCGGCGUGUCCAGGUCCUCCUGCACCACCCCGGUGACCCCCACCCCUGCGUCAUCCACCCCCCUGCCUACGUCAGCACCUGCCACAGUCAAACUGGAGCAAGGCCUGGAGACCACAACCCAGGAGCUCAUCAAUACUGAACAUAUUGAGACCUUACUGCAACUUUUGACUGCUGUGGUGAAGAAGUUUCCCCUGAUUGUACCAGAGAAAACUGAAGACUCACACCCAUUCUGUGCAACGUCAGUGGAUCAGUACUAUUCCUGGAACAUUGGAAAACGAAGGGCUUCUGAGCUCCAGAGGGCGGUAGCUGUAAAGCGUGUGGUCCAGGACGUUUUGGACAGGAGCCCCCGCCUCCAGGCCCUCAGCCCCCCCAAGACUAGAGAGGUGGUGCAGUGGUGUCGUCUCCGUGGUUACACGCCCCCGGACCCCGAACCCCAGUGCACCGAGGAGGACUCCAUAGAGGAUAUCCUCACACAGAUAGACAGCGAGCCAGAGUGUCCUUCCACUCUGUCAGAUGCCAGCGAGCUGUGUCAGCGUCUGGCGCAGCUCCAGAGGAUUUUGAAGACGGAACCGGAGGAGGAAGAGGAGGAGCCCCUCGACAUCGUCACCGUCAAAGAGGUCACCACCCCCAGGGUCAAGGUCAAGCAGGAACAGGAAGAGGUGGAGCCAGAGCCCAAAUACUUCUUGGGGUCAUGCCCCUCUGCCCAGUUCAUCAGAGACACAGCAGAACAGGUUGGUGUGAGUUUCCAGCCCGUGGAGGUGGAGAAGGGUGUGCUUGCCCCUCUGCUGGAGGCUUUGAUUCUUAAGGCCACAGAACAGUUUGCCAGUGAGAUCUUGCGAGAGGCUCUGGCCAGCACCUAUGGGAGGUCACCUCAAAACAGGGCUCCUGGAGAAAUCUCAGCUGUGCAUGUACACCAGGCCAUCAGCUCAGUCCCUACCUGUGACUUCCUCACAAACAGGUACAUGGGAGUCCUGAUGAGGGAGGGCAGCAGUGCCGACUAGCGUGACGUCCUGAGACGUCCUGCUGGACCUAGCAGUACCCCGGACACGUGCACAGACCACGCCCACUCCCACUGGCCAAUCAGAGACGGGCUGCAAUUCUGACCUGACCGUGUCAUAAUGGGAUUAGAGACGUCACUACGGUGACGGAGGUGCCGUGUUGCUGUGCGCAGCCUGAAGCAGAGAGGGGCUCGGAUUAAACUAAGAUGUGUGUAUUGA